AUGUCUGCAGACAUGCUAGUCCAGCCCUGCCACAUGGACCGGAGUGGGAGUUUCUUUAAGCUGAUUGACACAUUCUCCUCCGAGAUCUCGGAGCUGAAGCAGGAGAUGGUUCAGACGGCUGCACCCGCGACCAUAGAACAGGACACAGAGGUCCUGCAGGGUCUUGAGGGUGAGGUUAGUGGGCUCUUCCUGCAGUCAUCUGCCUGUGCAGGGACAGCUGGAGCGAGGGACUCUGGUUAUGACUCUCUGCGCAGACGCAUGAGUGUGCUGGACAGACUGACGCAGACGCAUUCCGUUUGGCUGCUGUUGUGUCUGAGUGAUGAAGAGGCUCGACGCAUCCUGGAGCCUCAGCCGUCAGGGAGCUUUGUCGUGAGGAAGUCUGCGAAGCUGCAGAAAAAGGUGAUUUCCCUGCGGAUGGACGCGGAGAGUGGUCCACACACAGUGAGGGACUUCCCAGUCAAAGAGAGUCAGUACACUUUUUCCCUGGAGGGUUCAGGAAUCAGCUUUGCAGACCUAUUUCGACUUGUGGCUUUUUGCUGCAUCAGCAGGGAUGUUCUUCCAUUCACACUGAAGCUCCCUGAGUCGAUCUCUGCGGCAAAGACGCCCACCGACCUGGAGGAGGUGUCCAAGUUGGGCAUAGGGUUUUGGGACUCUGAGCUCUGUAAGAGGAGGAACUCUGUGAGUGGGACCCUGCAGGAGAGCUCAGCUCGUAAACUGAGGGAGAGAGGAGAGAGCGUUUCCCCCAGAGACAGCGCUCUGGCCGUCCCCUGCACCCGCGCCCCCUCCCACCUGGAGCAGAGCCAGUCCAACGGAGCUCUGUGCUUCAUUAACCCCCUCUUUCUGCAGACACACCAACCAACUGGCUCCUCUCCACAAACCAGCCAGUCCACGCCCCGCAGUAAAACCCGUCAAAGCGAGGACGGCGCCGUCGGCCGCCGCGGGAACUCUGGCCUGAGCCGGGCGAAGAGCGUACCGCGUACCCCGCCCCCACGACCUCCGCCGCCCCGCACGACACCCCCCAGGCCCGCCCCCCCUCGCAGGCAGAGGAGCAUGCCGGAGACGGUGUGCUGGAUCAAAACCUCCCCGGAGAAACCCAGCCUGCUGGGAAGGUUGGGCUCCUCUUUUCCGGGCUUCUCCACCUCCCCGCCCAAAAAGAUCAGCAGCCCAAUUCCCGUCCCUCCGUCUCGAACUAAGAGGCAGUCUCAGGUCCCGGACGGGGACAGGGAGACGGGCGUCGGGGUACUGAUGGAGGACCAGACCAUAGAGGAAGCGGUGUCCCUGAGUCUGGCCAAAUUACACGGCUCUGCCCGGGAGAACGGCUGCCCUGCCGACGCGCCGAGCCCCGGCGGCCGAGGAGAACGCCUGAGCGACAUCAGCGUCUCGACGUCCUCCUCCGACUCCCUGGACCUGAAUCACAGCUUCAACCAGCUCGCCAACGUGCCCUCCGCGCGCGGCCGAGCCGCGGGCGACAGCAGCAUGGAGGAGGAAGAGGAGGACGAGGAGGACUACGGCGUCAGCGUCGAGAGCGACCAGGAGAUCAGCAUCCACCCGCCGUUCAAGUCCAAGAAGCGGCACAGCGCCGGGCCGUUCGUUUUACGUCGGGCGCUGAAAGGGCACCUGCGUAAGGUCAGCGGGGUCUUUAACUCUCUGAUGACGCCUGAGAAACGGGCCAUCAGGAGGAUCGUGGAGCAGUCCCAGGAUAAAAGCACCUACUUCGGCUGCCUGGUGCAGGACUACGUGAGCUUUCUGCAGGAGAACCGCGGCUGCCACACCUCAGGCCUGGACCUGCUGCAGACGCUCAGACAGUUCAUGACCCAGAUGAAGUCCUACCUGCUGCAGAGCUCCGAGCUCGACCCGCCCAUCGAGUCCCUCAUCCCCGAGGAUCAGAUCGACCAAGUGCUGGAGAAAGCCAUGCAUAAGUGUGUGCUGAAGCCACUGAAGGGUGUGGUGGAGACAGCUCUGCAGGACUUCCAGGUGAGCAGUGGGGUGUGGCAGCAGCUAAAGGAGAACCUGGCGCUGGCCAAAACCAAGCGGCCGCAGGACAUGGGCGUGGACGGAGCCCUGCCUCCCGACCCCGUGGCCAUCGAAAAGAUCCGCCACAAGUUCCAGAACAUGAGCAAGCUGUACUCGCCGGACAAGAAAGUGUCUCUGCUGCUUCGCGUCUGUAAACUGAUAUAUACCAUCAUGGAAGACAACUCAGGGAGAAUGUAUGGAGCAGAUGACUUCCUCCCCAUGUUGACCUAUGUGCUGGCUCAGUGUGACAUGCCUGAGCUGGACACAGAGAUCCAGUAUAUGAUGGAGCUGUUGGACCCCUCUCUCCUGCACGGGGAAGGCGGCUACUAUCUGACCAGUGCGUACGGCGCCAUGUCGCUCAUCAGAAACUUCCAGGAGGAGCAGGCUGCACGGGUGCUGAGCUCAGAGACGCGCAACACGCUGCACCAGUGGCACCGCCGGCGCACCGCCCAGCGCACCAUUCCGUCCGUGGACGACUUCCAGAACUACCUGCGGGUGGCGCUGCAGGAGGCGGACAGCGGCUGCACGGCGAAAACCCUGCAGGUGCGACCCUACGCCACCACGGAGGAAGUCUGUCAGAUCUGCGCCGAAAAAUUCAAGAUUCAGGACCCCGAGAACUACACCCUGUUCCUCCAGACAGAGGAGACCACUCAGCAGCUGGCCCCCGACACCUUCCCUCAGAGGAUCAAGGCGGAGCUGCACAGCCGGCCCCAGGCGCUGCCCUUCUACUUCGUCUACCGCAGGAACCCCACCCGCAACAGCACGCAGAACGCCGAGGACCAGCUCAACGGCAACCCGGAGCCCGUCUGA